AUGGCCCCCAUCUCGGAAAUCCGGGCCUCCAACUCCCGGAUCACCUCAGAGACGGUGCCUCGCACAGCAGUCUUCACUGGAGCCACAGAUGGCAUCGGAAAGGCAACACUCACUCGUCUGAUCUCUACAAACCUACCAGUCCGGGUGUAUGUCAUUGGUCGGAACGGCAAAAGGCAUCAAGCUUUUUUAGAUGAGCUUCGACUGUCCAACAGACAGGCACAGAUAACCUGGCUGGAAGGUCAACUGUCUCUUCUCGCGGAUACCAAGAAACUAUGCGAUGAAAUCAAGAGACGCGAGACGAGUCUUGACUGCUUGUACCUAAGCGCUGGCUUCAUCUCCUCUGGAGAGCGCAUUGAAACAUCAGAGGGCAAAAGCCUCUCACUGUCACUCAACUACUACAGCCGAAUCUUGAUGAUGACCCUGCUUCUCCCCUUACUCAACUCAUCGCCCAAUAGCCCACGCAUCGUGAGCAUCCUCAACGCGGGGUAUGAAUCAUCUUCCAUCUACCUUGACGACCUCGAUCUCGAGAAACCGGGCCACUUCAGUCUGCUCUCUCUUACCAAAUCGAUGUCCACCUACACUACAUUGUCCAUGUCGACAUUGGCUCAAGAAAACCCUCAUGUGGUAUUCGUUCAUCAUUACCCUGGCGGCGUCACCACAGAUGCCUUUAAGAAGGCCUGGGGUGGGAAGUGGUAUUUCCCACUGUUCAGAGCUGCAUUGUCUGCAUUUGGAACAUCUCCUGAAGAUGCUGCGGAGAAGGUGUUGUAUUUGAUCACUAGUGCUAAAUAUGGUGGCAGGGGAGUUGCCCUGGGAGAGGGACAGAAGCCCGGUAUGACUAUGACAAAAACCGUUAAGGGAGGUGAGCUGUUUGCUAUCGAUAAUAAGAUGAAGGAGCUGUUUCAGGGGAAGGUGAUGUUGGAGUUGCAGGCCAUGAAUGCGGGUGAUAUUGUUUGGCGCAAAACGGUAGAGACACUCGCGCCGUAUUCUUCGUGA